AUGGCAGCUUUGUCACAGGUCGCCCUGUUGGAGAUGGCACGCGAGGUCCUUCAAGUCUGUCAUGAUAACGAGUACGACCUCCAGGACAUUAUCGCCGACCUAACUACGACUAAGAGCACUGAAGUAACCAUCAACCGUAUCUUUGAUGGUCAGUUGAUGAAGAAGGGGGCUAGGCAAGGCUCGCCCGAGUUGCCCUCGGCAUCAGAACUGUUUCGUUCAAGGUCUCCGGAACAACUUCUUCCCCCUCGUACUCAGACCGUUGCCACCAGGAGUGGACCAACACCAACCCCUGCACCUGCACCAAAAUCGACACCCACAACACCAUCGAGCAGCAACGUGGUCGUGAUUCUGUCCUCGGACGAUGAAGACCACGUCAAGCCUGCCAACCCCUUUGACGACCUUUUUGACGACCCUAGCGAUAAUGAGGACGGUUUCGACGAGCUCAUGAAGAACAUUCACCUCAUCAAGUCAGGAAACGCAGCACCAUCCAAAAGGGCAAACGGGACUUCGUCGGCGGGAGCACCUGCGUUCAAGUCAGCAGCAUCGACGCCCUUGUCUCCUCGCAAGCGAACAGCUUUAUCACCACCCCUCAUCCUGUCUGGCAGAAGAUCGCCGAUAAUUGAACCCGCACCAUCAUCACGACCAUACCGGGAACUCUCGCCAUCCAUGGUCGCAAGGCCUACUACAACGAAGGCGACAGCAGUAUCACCAACAGCAACGCGGGCGAAUGGCUUGAAACCAAAGCCUGCAGAGACCUCACUCACCAAACGGAACAAUACCAGGACUGGCGCCCUGGCUUCGAAAUUCACCGACAAAAUGCCGUUAUCAUUAGAGAUCUGCUCAGAGUGGGACGACAUACCUCUUCUUCCAGAAUCCCCAUCACCUUCGCCAAAAGCAACAAAGGAAACGCCAACGAAAGCACGGGAUCGCUCCAAGAGUCCUAUUGUCGAGAUGAGGUCUCUUUCCCCUACACCGCCAUACUCGCCCUCUAAGAGAGGAUGGGCACUUUCUCGAUCACCCUCACCCGGAUUCAUGGCGCGACUCUCCAACAACGACUCUCCUCAUGUGGGAACAUCCACUUCCUCGAAGCCGACCACCCAGCCAGCUUUGGCCAUAAAGCGUCGGUCACCUUCGCCGUUUAGCAUUUCAAGGCGCAGGAGCACGGAUGAAAAGAAGAUCUCACCUCUUCCAUCGGAGGACGACCUACUCCCGAGGACCCGAGAGUUCAAUGCCGCCUCGCCUGUGAGUCGGUACUCGGAUGCAGCAUGGUUGAAGAGAGUCAAGGACGAGAAGCGGACGGAUCGUGUGCUGGGCGAGGAGAAAUCAAUUUGGCUCGACGAAGACGAUGAUGACGAGGACGACAAGUAUGGCGUAAAGAAGGAGUUCAAGCGCAGUACCAGCAGCGAGACAGUCACCAACGACGGCACCACAGAUGUAUUUGACCAUGCUGGUCCGAACGAGUGGUCCAAGUUUGAGCAUCUGGCCGACGAUGAUCUCAGUCCUCCAAGAUUAUACAAGGACGAUGAUGACAGCGACGACCCUCUGCGAGCCCUGGAUGCCGAUGACGAUUGGCGGUUGGGAACGAGGAAACGUUCGCGCAACAACGCCGGACUGUCCAUAUCUCCAUCUUCCAAGGAUCUCAAAAAAAACAAGCAGGCCCCAGGCACACCGACCAAGGCAAGGGUAAAGGCAAAGGCAAAGUCUGGCGCAGGAGCUUCUUCGCCAUCGUCGUCAGCGUUAGUGGUUCCAGGAGUUGAUCAUUUCGAUUUGAGCGGGCUGGACGAAUACCGGAACGAGCCCAUUAUACUCGACGACGAUGACCUUACUGGAGACUACUCAGUCGAGAAGGAGAUUGAGACACGGAGGAAGCAGCGUCAGCAACAAGGCAGGAAGGCGACGCUGAAGAGGGUCGACAGUCUGGAUCUUGAGGAUAUGGACGACUUACCCACUGCGGCGAAACCACGGCAAAGGAAUGGCAAGGCAAAAGCUGUUGACUCGGAUCUGGAAUUUGACGCCAACAACAGUGAUGGGGAGGACGGAUCUGACACGGGAGCCUCAAAGCCACUGACUGCCAAAGAGAGGAAGAAGGAGGAGGCCAGGUUGAAGAGAGAGGCGGUCAAGAAGAAAAAGGAUGAAGAAAAGGCAGCGAAGGAUAGAGAGAAGGCAGCAAAGGAUAGGGAGAAGGAGGUUGAGCGUUCAGCGAAGGAAGCAGAGGCAGCGGAGAGGAGGGCCAUGGGUCAAACCAGGGAUAAUGAAGCGCUGAGGAAGAGGAGAGAACGCGAGGAGGAAAGGCGAAUCAAGAUGGCGGAGACUGAGGCGGCCAAGCAGGCGGAGAGGGAGCUAAACGCCGCGAAUCGAUUGGUGCCCAAGUCUAAAUCGGUCGAGGAGAUGGUCCUUUGCAUGGAGGAGUCGAUGUUUGAUUCCGAGCUGGGCAAGGCUCUGCAGACGUAUUUGCAGGCGAUCGAGUGCCGCAUAGACCUGCUCAAGUCACCUGUCAGUACUGCCAUCGCCGUUGCGGCCGCAGCCGCAGCAAACGCUUCAAGACCGAUCGGCGAGUCAUUGAGCUCCUCGCUUUCAGACCUCAAUGGUACCAACGAUGCCUGCCCUGUCCGUGACCUGAUCUUUUGGAGACGCAUUGUCAAGAAGCGAUAUGAUGAGCAGAUGGCUGCCGAUGUGAACCUGCCCGAGGAGGAGCACACCGUCGAACUGGAGUCAUACUGGCUUUGUCACAUGACUGCGAAGGAGUUCUGCAAGAAGAUGAAGGAUGAUGAGCUGCACAGGUUCCUGGACUCGGUCUCGAGAGAUAUGCGGACUCGGAUAAAGCGACAAAAGGCGACGCAGGAGGCUAUGGGCUUGAUCCCGACGACGUACGAGGAUCGAAGCCGACGACCGCGAGUGAUCUUCAUGAUUAUGGGACUGUCAGCUCACCUCCGAGGUUUGAAGACGAUAACUUCGCGAGAUUUCGCAGAAAGGGUCCGGGCUAAUAUGCAGGCGGAAUACGGUGGUGGCGGUGGUGCUGGGAAGGCUGCUAAAGCAAUCACUGGAAGAGACAGCUCAGAACCUGAUGAGGACCGCAUUGACAAAGAGCUUUUGAGGCUUCAGCUAGAGGAGGACUGUCUCAUCAUCCUCACCGACGACUAUGACGAGUCUGCCCAAAUGACCGUCAGCUUGACCGAGCAACUCGGUCAGCGCCCUUACAAUGGGACAGGCUACAAGGAGACUUGGGAAGUGAGUCUUCAGCAGAUCCAUAUGAUAACACCUCGAGUAGCCCGGUCGAUCGCUGCGACAUACCCGACCAUCCGGUCGCUUUAUGACGGUUACAGGAGGUGUGCGACUGUUCGCGACGCCCAUUCCAUGCUCGAGGGUAUUCCCGUGGAAGAAAGGUCGAGUGUGAUUGGAAAGGGCAUCUCCAGGAGGGUGUACGAUGUCUUUAUGGGCGAGGAUCCUGACGCAGGCGUCUCGUAG